GUGUCAUAAAAAAAUGUUUAUCCAGACCGUGUUUAAUACAGUGUAUUAUUCGAAUUUAGUUAAGUGUGGAGCUGCAAGUUCAAAUACAAAUGAUUAUUUAUUCAAGUAAAAAUGCAUUACAUACUGAAAAAUAAAAGGAAAGAUGAAUUAAAACUUCAUUUUGGCUGUGCAUGAGGGGAUAAGGAAGAGAACAAGAAUAUGAGGCAAAGGGUGAGUAAGGAGAACUAGUGACAUAGGAUGUGGGCAGAGAGGGCUAAAUCAGGUUAAUUAAAAAUCUGUGAGAGGGAUUUCAAAAUUGUGGAAGACUUUUCCAUAGAAUUUGUAUCCCAGUUUUGGUACAUUUUGCCUUUCACACCUGACACAGUAAGAACCACAUUUCACUUAUCUUCCCUUUCCACCCUAACACCCUUUCUUUCAUCAAGCUCAUCAAAAAAUGUACAGAAAGAUCCUUUUCUGGAACGUUUAUUCUAGGCUACAGAAUCACCUAAGCCACCAGCCACUGUAGCUGAAGUGCACAUACAACACUGCAAACUAUUUUCUGGGGGGAUCAGAAGGUUUCCUGACUCUAUUUUAGAUUUUUUAAACACAAAAACAGACAGUAACAAGACCAGAGUCCUUCCCAACACAGUGAAAUAAAACAAGCCACUUCUCAAUAAUACAGCAAAAUGAUUUCUUCAACAUAAUAAUAAUCAAUUCAGGCUACAGAGAAGUUGGCUACCACCUCUUCCCCAAUAAAACUAUACUACUCGCAUCAUCUAGUACUUAAAUCCUGGAUUUCCUAAAAAGAUGCAUUCUAUAAAGAGUGCAAUUUCAGUCCUUGCUAAGGUUGUAAAAUGAUGAUUGCAUGAGAGGACUUUUGCGAGUCACAGAUGGCGUCAUUAAACAUUAUGGAAAACAUAAAAUGAUUUAGUUGAAUGGGCAAGCAAUACGACACAGAAAGAAUUAGAGGUGGACUUAGCCAAUAGUAACAAGACAGCAGGGUAUAAAUUGAAAAGAAACUGCGGAGUUUAAAGACAGCAGCGCAGACCAGCUUCAAGUUGGAACACGAGUGACAGACGAGUUCACCAUUUUCUUUGCAGUUGUUAAAGAGUUCCUCAAGACACAAUGCGAUCUGUGAUCUUGCCUGCACUCCUGCUUGUUAUGCUAGCUUCAGCAGCUGAAGUCCAGGGUGAGGUUAAGGUUGUCAAGUUGUGUGGCAGAGAAUUUAUCAGAGCUGUAAUCUAUACCUGUGGCAGCUCAAGGUGGAGAAGAAUUCUGAAUGAAAAAGAAUUGAUGGGUUUGGCCAGCGACAACACUGAUAACCUGGAGACCCUGGGGUACAGAGAACUGGCGGAGCCAGAUAUGGGACUCCGAACCAGACGAGACCUCAACCAGCUUCUCACCACAGCCUGCUGCCAGUGGGGAUGUAACAAGAAAGACCUGAGCUCUCUGUGCUGAAGGAAGGAUUAUUUCCACAGCAGCACAGAGCAACAGCAUGGAGGAAAGGACUUUUUCUGACCUGAUUAACACCUGACAAAGACAAAAGUUAAAAUUAAAACUGCCACUAGCGUUGCUUAAAACAUUUUUCUUGAUAUGAUUUUCAUAUCAGUUUUUGUUGAAAAUCCUGUUGAAUCUGUAGGAAACACAUGUUUAAACAAAAUUUGUAGUCAUAAAAAAGCAUUAAUAAGAAAUACACAUCUAAUGGUUAAUCUGUCUUUGCCAUUUUAUCUAAAUGGAUUAUAUUGUGCAUUAUGAUGCAGGUCUGUGUGCUUCAUUUAGAUUUUUUUGGUUUACAAUUAUGGGACAUUUACCCAGGCAAAAGCAUUUUAGAGAUUCACUGCUAAAAAGUGUUAUUUCCAUCUUUUUACAUUUUAAAUCGCUCAGGUGGAUGUUUAAAAUGAGAAAGAAGAAUGAGUGUUCAUGUAUAGUACAUAUAGUCAUCAUUGACUGAGAUCCUAAUUUCUUGGAGUUAUACUUGGUGGUAAAAAUCAGGGAAUUACCGAAAACUUGCCUUAAAAUGUGAAUGUUUUAAAUGUCCUGUAUUUUUGCUAUGAAUAGCUAACAAAUAAUACUGCAUAUCCCUUAAAGCUGUCCAAGAAAAUCUGAAUAAAAACAUAAGCCUGCACUGUA